AUGCACUUUGGCUUCGAGAGAGCGUUACUACAUGAGUUGCAGUUUUUUGAUAAAGGCGAUGUAACGGAAAUAGUAAUAAAAAUUCAUUUUGACGGACUACCACUUUCUAAAAGCUUAAAAGAUCAAUUAUGGACUCAACUCGGAAAAAUAACAAAACCUCAGCCUUCUAGAGUAUUUAUAAUCAGAGCCUAUUACGGCAGAGGAAACCAAAAACUAUCUUCCGAAUUCCUAAAAUGUUUCGUAGAGGAAUAUAAGAAUCUGCAUGAGACAGGAUUCCUUUAUAAAGGACGCAAAGGUACUCUAACCUUGUCGCAAAUGAUAGCAGAUAGCCCUGCUAGGAGCUUGAUCACUUGUACAAAGUCACAUAACGGAUAUUCCGCAUGUCCCAGAUGUGCUGUUGAGGGCCAAUACGAAUACCACAAAAUGAUCUUCUUGGGAACAGAUAGUCAGUUGAAGACCGACGAAACUUUCGCGAAUCGCACUGAUGAAGAACAUCAUGUAGGUGAUUCACCUUUGGAAGAAAUGCAAGUGAAAAUGGUAUCAGAAAUCCCACUAUACGUGAUGCAUUUGAUUGAUAUAGGGGUGGUACCAAGAAUGAUAGGAUCGUUAUUGUCUGGUCGUCAUUCAGGUAGACUCAGUGGCAAACAAAUGAAAGACUUGUCCGGGCUUCCGCUAUCAUUGAGGGAGUGGAUACCUAACGAAUUCGUUCCAAACCGCGAGGUUUGGAUGAACUUCUACGAUGGAAGGCGACAGAACUUCGUGUUUUCGGCCUUAACCCUUGUACAGCAGCUCUUCAACCAUUCUUGCCUCCAGAAUAUUUGA